GUGAGAGUAUUCACGUAUGUCAGAGGGACUAUGGUGGAGGGCUGGUGAAGAUGAUGGCAGCUCUCUGCGAGGAUGGCACAUAUGGACUCAACUGUGGCCGCAGGAGCGAGAAAUUCUCCGUUUUGCAUGUCAAACUGACAGAAUCAGCUUUUAAAGCGCUAGAAAACUACCAAAACUGUAAGAAUGCACCGUCCUCACAGGCUUCAAUACAUUUCCAAGGUCUUCAAGGGCGCAUUAAAAUCCCUAAAACAGAUGCUUCUGAUGGGUCUCAUAACUUCGACUUUUAUCUGUCCAACUUUGGCAAAGACAAUCCUCAAGGGAGCUUUGAGUGUAUCCACCAAUACACAUCUAGCUCUGGGGUCCCCAACUUGUCUUCCCUGGGAACAAUUCAGGACAAACUCACAGUAUGUGCCACUAACGAUUCCUACCAGAUGACCAAAGAGCGGAUGACCCAGGCAGAAGAGGAUACACGCAAGAACAGCACCAAAUUCCUCAAACCAAUCAGAGUCCAGGGUCGCAAGCCGGCCCCCUCAGCCCCUGACCCGGUUCCCGAGAGGAAGCAGACCACCCCUAUCAACCCAGCCAAUACGAUCCGCAAGUGCCUUACCAACAACCCCGUGUCCCAGCGGCCGUACAGAGACCGCUUGAUUCACCUCCUGGCACUGCGCUCCUAUAAGAAACUGGAGGUGCUGGCCAGACUGCAACGAGAUGGCAUUAGCCAGAAAGACCGCAACUCUCUGGGCUCUACACUACAUCAGGUGGCCAAUCUGAAUCCUAAGGAUAACUCGUAUUCACUGAAGGACUUUAUCUUCCGUGAGGUCCAGAGGGACUGGCCGGGCUACACGGAGGAUGAACGCAUUCAGGUUGACAGGAUUCUGGCACGUAAAUUGGGCUUGAACUCAGAGUCUGUCUCAUCCAGCAGUCCAACCAAAGAGCCUACAUCCCCACUGAAGGUUCAGAAGGUUCAAGAACCCGAGACUGACUUCAUCGAUCCUCUGAUGUCUAAGAAGCCACGAAUCUCUCACCUCAGCAAUCGAGGACCGCCUGCCUCAUCAGGCCGACAUCCUUCGGAGACCGAGGAUAAAAAACCCACACCCCCGGUCAUGGCUGCCUGCCCGGGCCCCUCUUUCCAUCCACCCCCUGCCUCAGGCUCCAGCUCAAACUCCCCGAGCACACCAGAGGGCAGGGGCUCUCAGAAUCUGCCCCUGGACCAGAGCUCUAUAUGUGGGACCUCCUCUGAGAACUAUGCCCCCUGCAACCACACACCCAGCCCGCCCAGUCAGCCUGUUCCCACAACUUCCCCCUCAUCCUUCUCUACCUGUACCGUCUCGACAACCACCAUCACCUCCACCACUACCACCAGCAGUGGUCUCCACAUUUCCUCUGCCACAUCUCCUACGGCCAGCCGCGAUGGCAGCAAAAAGCCCAAGAAGUCGAAGAAGCACAAAGAUAAAGAGAGGAACAGAGAAGGUGAGCGAGAGAGGGAAAAGGAACGGAAGAGGGAAAGAGAGCCCCGCAAGGAGGAUCACAGUGAUAAGGAAGUGCAGCCCAGGAAGAAACACCGCAAUCAGGCAGAACAUAGACACAUUCCUUCCAAGAUCAGCUACGAAUCGGACGGAGAAGCUGGCAAAGAGAAGCCUGUCCAUACCACUGAACUUCCUGUCCCAGCAAAGUCUGAUUACAUAGUUAAGUACACUGCAGUGAUAUCUAUGGAUCAGAGGCAGCGCUAUAAGGAUGACUUCAAUGCAGAGUAUGAUGAGUAUCGUAGCCUUCAUGCUCGUGUUGAGAGUGUUACACGCCGCUUUACGCAACUGGAUGCCCAGUGUAGACGGCUAGCACCAGGAACCAAGGAAUACCAAGAGGUACAUGAACAGGUGCUGCAAGAAUACAAGAAAAUUAAACAACACAGCCCGAACUACUAUGAAGAAAAGCAACGCUGUGAGUACCUGCACAACAAACUGGCCCACAUCAAACGGCUCAUUGCCGACUUCGACCAGCGGAGGGCGCAGUCCUGGUUGUAGGACGUGGUACCAAGCAACCCCCUCAGCCAAUCAGAGCGCUCCUUAGCCAGAGGACCAUCUUUAGGGGAGUUGGGGAUCAAACAGCUCCUUAUUUAUUCUUAUUAUAGAUUCCUUGCUCCCCUUUUCCAAUACCUUCUUUAUCUGUCUAUUUCUUCCUUUCCUCCUUCCUUUUCCAUCCCUUCAUUCCAAGCGCCAUUUCUCCUGAACACCACCACUUUUUUUUUUUUUUUUUUUUUUUUUCGCAGAGAAGAGGAAAUCACUCUUCUGUCUAGUGAUGUCACGUGUUCAGGGGUGUAGCGCUCGUCUCUUUAUUUUUGAAGGACUUGGAGGAAAAGAAAAUUAAACAUUUUUGAAAGCAAAAAGAAAACGCAUCUAUAGUUAUGCAAUGCAAAACCAUGGGCCUUACAGCGCAUUUUUCUUGAAGCCUUUUGCACAGGGGUGAUUGAGCCAGUAUAUGUGAAAAUGUGGCCAUAAAAAGGGUGUAUCUAAAAGUCUUGAGACUUCCUUUUCUCCCGCGGCCCUGAUUUUGAACAGCUUCAGUAUUCACACCCACAGUGCAAAUGAUGCCUUAAGGUAUUAAUACAGACAUAUCGAUGUGGAGUCAGUGAGACUUUCAAGCACCCAGGCCAAUGGAGAGAAAUUAUGACCUGAUCGCAGGUCCAGCGCACAUUCAUGGAAGGUGUAAGUGAUAUUUGUGUGUGUGAGUGUGUUGAAUGAAAGUAUCAAGAAAGCGAUGAGUGAAAAUUGUCAGUGUUUUUUGUUAAUUUUUGGGAAGGAUUGGGUCAGAAAGGACUAAAAGAGCAACAUUUGGGGAAGAGGGUUGGAUAUAGAUGUCUAUAAAAGAGGAAAAAAAAAGCAGAAAAUGAAAAUCCCUAAAAAAAAUAGCUGCUAUAUAUUCUUUCUUUGAACAGCCAGAGCCUUUGGGAUCAGCCUGGCUUGUGUUACAUGUUAUUAAUUGGGCCUGCUCUGUGACAAUGAUCGAACCAUCGAAGAAAAAGGUGCUACUGAUUAAUAAGGAAAUGCAUCAAGCAGAGACAGGCCUGUAUAUUCAUUUCAGAUGUAUUCAUUAAUUAUUACGAGUCUCGGAGCAGAGUUAUUUAUGAAAUAUGAAUAGCAAUAUAUAUAUAUUAUUUUUUGUUUUUUGGUUCUGAAUUAAAAGGAAUUGCUGGAAUUUUCUUUAAAAUGAGAGUAUUGAAGAUGAAACUGAUAUACAAAUAUAUGUAAAAGUUUAAGUCUUUAUUUCACGUUAUCAUUAGUGAAGAGCUACUUAAUGAUUAAGGGAAACGUUGUGUUUACAAAACCUGUGUGGUAGGACAUUUUGCCAAAAAGAGAAAAAACUAAACAAAUGCUUUCAAUCUUAUGUUGAUGGUAUGGAAUAAAACACGUUUCUCUGAGCGCAAUAAUGACACCCUGGUAUCUAUAAAGAACUACUUUUGGAGUGUGGUUGAACACUUACAGUGUCCUCAUUUGUUAUUUAAAUCUUAUAAUAAUGAAAAGAUCCCUAUAAAUAUGUAAAUUCUCCUUAGCGGAUUCUGAUUGGCUAGUUAUUUCUUGAGGCUUGCUACAAUAUAAAGAUGUCGUUUUGACAGCAUCUAAAAUAAAAUAGCUCUAAAAUUAACUUGCAUCUAUUCAUUUAUGGAUCCCGAUUAUUCCAUUAGCUAAAAGCUGUGAGGUGUUCUCUUUGUUGUUUUUUUAGUGUUGUAAAUUCAACAUAAACCUAAGUGAGCCAUUCUCAAAAUAACCAAUGACAAAUGUUCAUUUUCUGUAUUUGGGUCAGCAGAUGGGAUCUUAUCUGCUUUCUUUAAGGGCUUACAUGUCAUCAAACUUGCCAAGAUGUUCUGUUGAGUGAGAGCUUUAGGAGUGUUCAGUUUAGUCCCCAUUAUGGAUUGAUCACCAAUAAUGGAUGACAACCAAAUACAUGUCAUGGUUCUUUAACAGAGAAAUUUAGCAGCACUUUACUUGCAGACACUUUUCCCAGCAUCUCUCAGUCUCUGUGCUGUUCGUCCGGAGAUCAUUUGAUUGGAAGCUCUGGGAUCAAAUUGCCUCCAUUGUGAUCCCUAAAGAUUUGGGAUGACACUGUAUGUGUUGCUUGGAAGGGAGAAUGUGUAUAUACGCAUACAAAACCCAGCUUCAUUUUAAUGUGGGUUGGGUGGGGAAGUAACGUUUUGACAUUUGUUGAUGUGUGACCAACAUCCAACCGCCGCCCUCCCCAUUUGUUUUUUGAUGAUACUAUUUAUGCCUCAUACACCACUAAAGAGAGAGGCUAAUGUUGAUAAUAAGCCAAGAAUCACAACACUGUCAUCUCAUGUUUUAAAGGUGGGAUUGGGGUUGUUUCAGACUGUAAAAUAAUUCCUGACCUGUCCAACUGAAAAUGUAUUAAAUCAGUUCAAUAAAAUGUGAACUUGAACAUUAAUCCCUCUGCC